GAGGAGGAGGAGGAGAGGGAGGAGCAGAGGGGAAGCAGGCUUUCAGUCUGUUCGCUUUUGCAGGAGGAAUCAGCAGCAGCGGGACAAUGGACUGUCUUCAGUACGGAUCCUAAAGGGCACCGGGCUGCUUUCACAUAGGCCUGCUGGAACAUAAGGAGGUGAUUGUCCAACAGCUUCAGGAUGCUGCUGUCCUCAUCCCUGCUAGCCUGCUGUUCAACGGGGGUUAUUUGAUUUACCAAACAUGAUGAAGACUGAGCCCCCAACAGCCACCGGGGGCAACGGGGCCUCCAGUGGGAGCAGCGGGGGAAGCUCCAACCUGCGGAGUCCCUCACCCCAUCGCAAUGCAUACGAGGCAGGGCUAGCAGCGCUCAAGAAGGCCACUGACCACCUCAACAAUGCCGCCAAUGGAGGCUCUGGACCUGCCUCAAAGCCUGCCCUUUUGCCCCGCCCAACAGGGAGGGGCCAGAGAUAUGGAUCAAAUGUUCACCGCAUCAAAAACAUGUUCAUGCAGAUGCAGUCCCCUGGUGAUGAGGAGGAUGGCGCCAAAGUGAUUGGUAAAGACCAGACGGUUAAACUGUCCUUGCCGAGGGCAUCCAGCCUCAAUGAGAACGUUGACCACAGCGCCCUGCUCAAACUUGGCGCCACGGUCUCAGAGAGAGUCAACCGUUUUGACUCUAAAGCAGGCGGGGACGGUGGUGGCUCCUCUGUGGGAUUAUCAAAGCUCCAGGAGACCAGAAGGAUCUUUGAACAGCGGACUCUUCAGGAGAAGCAGGCUGCCACCAACAGGAUCUUGCUGAAGAAGGAGCGUGCGUCAGGCUUUCAGGACAGCCGUCUAGAUGUAGUGGCUCGCUUCAACGGCUCCACAGAGGCUUUGGACCGGCUGGACGACCCCCCGGCUCCGACACCUCCUCCUCCAGCUGCUGUUCCCGCCGCCGUUCCAUCUGCCGCAGCAUCAGUCGGGCCCGGAGAUGCCGUCAGCCCAACUGUGAGUCAGCUCAGUGCUGCGUUCGAAAAGGGCGAACCGCAAAACAAUCUCUACCUCCCCCAACGUCGGUCGGGCCCUGCCUUAGCACCAAAGCCCAAACCUCCAUCUAGAGCAGAGCCUGUCACAAGGAAGGGAAAGGCGUCCCCUCCUGGUAAGGAGGACCAUGAGGAGGUAGCAGCAAGAGUUGUGAGCACCCGGGCAGCAGAGCCUCCAGAGUCAGCAGAGUCUAUACCGAGGAGUGUCGCUAUUGAGGAGAAGGAGAGGUUAGAACAGUCAGGAGACCAGCCUUCCAACUCUUCUCAUUCCUCAUCAACCUCGGUGGCUUUUUCUUCCUCCUCAACCUCUUCGGAGGUCAAGCCAGAGUCUGAGGCCCAGCCAACAGGGACUGAAGCCAGGGGCUCAAGUACAGUGGCUGCCCCUGAUCGGGGGCUACAGACUGAUGAGCAGGAUGGACCCAGGGGGGGGUCCGAGGCUGGAGCCAGGCUUGUACAGGCUGAGAUUCAUGCCUCACUGGAAAAUGGAGAAAAAGAGCCUCCAGGUUCCUCUACCUCCUCAGAGGAGAAAGAAGUGGACUCUGAGAGGAGGGGGGAGGAAGAGGAGGAGGAGGAAAACGAUGACGAUGGCUCAAGGAAGGACGAUUACUCAGAGGGGGAUCUGGUAGAUAUCAGUGCCUACAGCGGGCUUGGGGAGGAGGACUCUGGGGGCAGCCAGCUAGAUGAUGAGGAGGAUGAGGAAGAUGAGGAGGAGUUUCAUCCAGUGACCAGCUGCUCUGAGAUGCCGGGCCUGCCUGAGGAAGAGGAGCCCCCACCACCCAAUAGGAAGAUUCAAUUCAGCACUGGGCCAAUCAAGGUCUUUACCACCUACUCAAAUGAAGACUACGACCGGCGUAACGACGACGUUGACCCCAUGGCGGCAUCAGCUGAGUACGAGCUGGAGAAGAGAGUAGAGAAACUUGACCUAUUUCCUGUUGAGCUAGAGAAAGACGGUGAUGGUCUGGGGAUCAGUAUCAUAGGUAUGGGUGCAGGAGCUGAUAUGGGUCUGGAGAAACUGGGGAUCUUUGUAAAGACUGUCACAGAGGGCGGAGCUGCGCAGAGAGACGGCAGGAUCCAGGUUAAUGAUCUGAUUGUGGAGGUCGAUGGAACCAGCCUGGUUGGUGUCACUCAGAGCCUUGCUGCUUCGGUCCUCCGCAACACCUCUGGCACUGUCAAGUUUGUGAUUGGUCGAGAGAAGCCCGGGGAGCAGAGUGAAGUGGCUCAACUGAUCCAGCAGACUCUGGAACAGGAGAAAUGGCAGAGAGAGAUGAUGGAGCAGAGAUACAAACAGUACAUGGAUGAAGAUGAAGAGACAGGUGAAUAUGCAACAGAUGAGGAGGAGGAGAUGAGUCCAGUUUUCCCCAACUCAAUAGAGGUUUUCGACCUGGCUGAAAAUCAGGAUAUGUUGUCCCCUGAGGAGCUGGACCCUGAGAAGCUGGCACAUAAAUUCAAGGAGCUCCAGAUUAAACAUGCAGUAACCCAGGCAGAGAUCCAGCUCCUUAAACGGAAGCUGGCUCAUGCGGAGCAGGACAGGUUGCGUUGGCGGAUGGAGCGUGCUCAGUUGGAGCAAAAUAUCCGGGACAGUAAGGAGAGAAUGGAGAAACUGGAGGGCUACUGGAUGGAGGCUCAGUCACUGUGCAAGGCUGUGGAUGAACACCUCAAGGAAACCCAGGGUCAGUACCAAACCCUCGAGAGGAAAUACAGCAAAGCCAAGAGACUGAUUAAAGAAUACCAGCAAAAGGAGAUUGAGUAUCUGAAGAAAGAGACAGCUCAGCGUCGAGCAGAAGAAGAGAGUGAGGCAACACACAAAGAGGAGGCGGACAACCUGCAAGACCAGAUUACAGACUUGGAGACCAAAGUGGAUGCUCUGAAGACCUCCAAUUCCUCCUAGACUGCUGCUUGUUCCUCCCUCUUGUCUUUGACUGGAAAAGGAGGAGCUCUGCCUUUAUUCUGACUCGUGCUGUAAUUUAUUCCAAUGAACUAUUCUCCUGCACAGACAGGUAGCGGGGAAGUUAGAAUAAGGAUGAAAAAAGAGGACAAGGAGGGCGACAUACAUAGAGAAAGGAAGCAACCUCUCAUCUGGCAUCUGCCAACGGCUUACAGCUCUGUCAUUCAAUAACCAAUCCCAGAAUGCACCUUCUGUAAUACUCAGAAUCCUCAUUUUGUGUCUUCCUGGCAACUGGCUUGGCAAUCAACACGGAAACUACAUUGAACAACAACCUGUGCUUUAUAUGUUGAUGCUCUCUUUGGCUUCUCCUCUCUUUAAUAACAGUAUGAUACCAGGAUUCUACUAUGGAUUAUACAAAAGCGCUUUUUUUAUUAACAGGCUUGUCACAAAGUGCUUUAUUGAGUCAUGAAAGGAAUAAAUGCAGAAUAAAUCAGAACAAAGGAGAAAGAACAAAGGUCAUGUGCUUGACGCUAUACUUCAUUUGAACUAAGGGGUUUGCUGAACCAUUCCUUUUCUUGUCUGGGACUGGACCAGAUUGUCAUAAAGAGGACUAACAUCUGCCUGUUGUGCCGUACAUCAUUGAUCAUUUUGAAGACAAAACUAAUAGGAGAAAUGGCCACCUCAUUUUUCACCUCAAAACUCAACUCAAAUUCUGAGGGGAAACACAACAAAAACAAACUCGGAAAAGGAAAUAGCCACCGCGCGCUGAAAGUUAAGUAAUAAAAACUGUGAUACUCAAUGGCCAACAAAUUUCUGAUCAGCGACACAACCAGUACAAAAAACCAGAUCGCCCACCCCAGCCUUUGGUUUUGUGUUUUCUAGCCUACUUUCUGCAAGAUGGAAGGAAUCCAUCAGAAUUUGCAUUUCAGGUCUGAACUGUAGUGGCGUAUUGUUUGUAUAUAUUCUAUACGUGUAUUUAAAAGUGUUAAAAUGGCUUUAGCAAUUAAGUGGGUCAGAUAUCUGUAAGUAAGGCAGUUCAAUGAGGGAAGGAGAUGUCCUGCUGUAGAGGGGUUGAAAUGGUUUUAGUAGUCCAGAUUUGGUCUGUUUCAUCUCUUUUCUAUACUUAUCAAUGGCAAACAGGGUGUGAAUAGUCUAUAAUGUGCUUAAAGAGCAUCAAAUUGUGUAUAUUUGUCACAGUUCUCAGUGUGUGAGGGGGUUUACAUGCACUCAGGAUGGUCAUGUAAUUGAGUUAGUAUGGAGUUUUUAGCAUCUAUCCAUGUCCAGGUUCACAAAGAAAUGAAUUUGAAUACACUGGUUCCUGAGGCUGUUGUGUUCAGCCUCCACUUGCACUUACUGCAGUUUACCGAGCUCAGGCUACAAUGGAAAACUCAGUUGAUGUUUAUAUUCACAAACAGCUGAUAUGUACUAGAGGUCAACAUUGGAGUGUCAGAUGUUCAAACAUUCCUCUGAGGCAUAACUUCUAAUGAAAUGAAGUGUAAACUUAAAAACACGUGCCAAAAUGUCCUGUCCAUUUCUGGAACUUUAAACAAAGUAUUGAUAUGAAAGAGGGGGAGGGGAUUCUUUAAUAUAUUAGAGAUUAAUUUUCAUGUAAAUACAGGCCAAAAUCAUCAGUUAAAGGAACAGUGCAACAAGGAAUGUGACACCCCUGUCAGUGCAGCUUGGUUUAUAAACUGUUUAUGGCAAAACAGUUCCAAGCAGGCUGAUGUAAGCCACUUAACUAUCAAGUUAGUUUAUAUCAAUGUGGGUUAGCUGGUUUGCACUUCUGAUAUUUUCUGUAGUUCUGUAGCUAUCUUUAUACACAAAUCUAACCCACUGACUUCCUAAAAGUGUUAAAUUCACUUGUCACAAAUGUGAAAGACAAAAAAAGGUAGGACCAUGCCAUGUACUUUCUUACUGAUACCUUGGUCAGUGUUUGUCCUUUUUUCUCUCUGCUAGUGAAGCUUUGUUAUUCUUACAGUACAUACAGUAUUAGGACAGUUUUGCCUCUGAGAAAUGUUUGUGAAAAUUGACCUGCAUAUGAAUCUCUGCGACAGUGUUAUUCAGGAAACUGUGUGCAUGUAAACACGCAUCACUACUCUUGCUUUAGGAGAAGAGUAGAAGGUGCCAGUAUUAUAUGACUAUAGAAAAUAGACUUCAGUUACAUGCCAGACAAAAUGCCCAAAUAUUGGUUUUAUUCAACAUUGUUGCUAGUCAGUAAACUCAGUUAACUUACAGAAAAUGGAGAAAUAUAUUGGAGAUGAAUCGGGUUUAGCCACAUAGAAAUUGUCUCUUAAAUUGUAUUUUGAAAUAAAGUGACUUCUUAUAAAUUAGACUAGUUUGGAGCAGAUUUAAAACAUUUGGGAAGUCCCAAAAGUGCUUGUACUCAAGAGUAACCAUAGAAACAUUUUUUUAUUUUUUUUGUCAAAUCUGGAAAUAUAAUAUCGAGGGAUGGACAUUGAGUCAACUACUAAAGAUGGUUCUUGAAAGUUUACAUUUUUUUGGGGACAAUACAGAUUUCUUGUCUUUAUUUUGAAGGGAAUGGACAAAUGGUUGAUGAUGACUAUUUGAUAAACACCAACUGUAUGGCUAAUAUUUCCACAAGGUUGGUGAAAUGCUCACGAGGAAAGUUGUCACACAAAAACAAAGCUUACAAAGGGUACAUGAUGUAUGAUGCUGUGUAACCCUUUAACAUUGGGAUUAUUCUGAGUUGCAUAUGUUAAUCAAGAUAAUUCAGCUUGCUGGCAAGCUCUGUCUAGGUUACAUUCAUUGAUAACUCUGAAUCUUAAAAAUGAUGAGGCUGCUAAAUUAUAGUCCCUUAUGAAUUGUUUUUGAGUUUGAAUUUUACCCCUGGAUUAUUGUUAAAGCUCUGAGACCAGUGCAGUUUGGAGAUUUAGAGCAUCUCAUUUUUACACCUAAAAAAGAGGAAAAGUAAUUGCUUGUGUUAAAAUUUCUUUCUUUAUUCAGGCAAAGCUCGGGGCUCAAUUUGAUCAAUGCUCAGUGAGUUUGGACUAAAAUGACUUUUUAACCUUUAGACAGGUAGCCUCAUUGCUUUUUUACAAACAUGCUUUUUCUCCUGAGGAUAAAUGGUAAUAAUUCUUUUUUUUAAGUUGAACAUUUAAUUGAUCAAAUAAUUAUGUUUACAAGCGAGCUAAUAUCAUUCACAUUACUUACAGCUGUUAUUUGUAUUUAGUGCUAAUUAGCAAAGUUUUAGCAUGCUAACAACUUUAAUUAGAAUGCUACUUACACAUGCUAGCAUGUUAACAUUGAUAUUUUGAGCUUCGUAGCACUGACAAUGACAUUUAACUCGACACACUAUCAAAGUACAGUCUUAAUAGAGCCAUUAGAGUGGCUGUAGAGUCUUAGUGUUGUUAAUAUAUUAGAACUAUUUUGUAUAUCCUCCCACAAAACGAAUAAAACUUGAACAAACGUGAAUAAAACAGUUCUGCUAUAUUAAUAUCCCUUGUUGUUGUACACAGAAGCAAGUCACAAGAACACAGGGUGAUAGAAGAGCUUAAAAGAUAAGAUUAGACAAAAGCCGCUUGUUCAGUGUUUACAAAAUGUUUACACGAUGACAUGCCUUUAAAGUUAGGUUUUCACUCAAAAAAUGGGUUUUGCGUUAACCAAUCUACAAUUAACAAGUCCCCCUGGUUAGAGCAUAUUAAUCUUAGUCAGGCUCUGACAUACAGGAAAGAAGUGGUGUUACAUUUUCAGUGACUAAUGGGAGCAAAACAGCCUAGUGCUUAAAUAAUUUUUUUUUGUAAUGAUACGAUGUAAUCAAACUGAAAAAGGGAGAAAACCUCAAAGUAUAAGGUUUUACGUUUUCAUGCAAGGUUGUUAUUUUGAAGAUCAAAAGUAUUAGUUCUAACCUUCCAAUUGAUUUGUAAUAAAGUCCUUUUGGACAGGAACAAGGGUCUAGAGAUGGUGAGCAUUUCAGCUAUAAGCAACCCAUUUGUGUAUUAUUAUUUCUUAAAGUGUUUCCAUUACGGUUGUAUCUCUGUGUCAAAACAGUGAGAGCUGUGCAAUUGCUGUUUUAUCACCAAAUCAAGUCCAGGUCACUUUGGGAUUGAAUACUAAACACAGUGAACUGAUCACUUUGCCUUGUUUGUAAUUGUGAACUUGCUGCGUUUGCCUUUACAAAGGCUUCAGAUGUGUUGUGCUGUAGCUGACUAUCACCGUCUCUGUCCAUCACUCCUGCCUGCAUUGAGUAAGCAGAAUAUGUGUUAACUGUUAAAAGAGUAUUUGCAAGUGAUUACAGAACAGAACAGACAUACUGAUGUGUUGUUAGACUGAUUGUAGCUCUCAACAGUGUUUGUUACAGUUUGUAGACAGAUUGAUGCCUUCCUUCAGGACACCUUUCAAGUGUUAUCUCAUUUUUCCUUUUAUUUCCAAACAGCUUUUUUUCCCAUGUUUUGAUUUUUUUUGGGUUCACCUUCAAAACAGUUUUUCCCACUUGUGGCCUCGGAGCAGCUAUGCUGAAGUAGGUGAGAGGGUUUAGUGCCUUGUUUAGGUGUUAAGAGCUGUGCUAGUUGAAAGACAGAAGAGCACACCCCACCCACAUUUCAGUUUGUGUGGCAUGAGUUUCUAACCAACUUUGCAGGCAAAACGCCUGCAUUCAGCAUGUUUGUCAGACCUCACACAACAUGUUUUGGCGAGAAGCACCGAAUGUAAACCGUGAAAUUUAACAGGUUACCUUACUCGACACUUCAUCACUUGUUUUUCCAAAUCCAAGACUGGUUCAGAUGGCAGUAGUGUGCAUGGUUUUAGGGCAUAUCAGCCUGCCCAAAAUGUACAGAGAUGCUCUUGGCUUUUCAAAUGCCUUGUAUUGAUGUGCCUCAGGGUCAGUAUUUCAUGGCGGUGCCCAGACACAAUUUAAUUUACUUGCAUUUCUAGUUUGACUUUUUUUAUGCUCAGGGUGGAAAGCUAACUGGAAUAAUGGCAAGCUGUCCUGUAACCACUGGUAACCAUGUCUCUGUAAACACUUAAGAAACAGCCGAUAGAACUAUAAGAACACACACCUGUUGUGUAGAUCAGGUAUGAACUGCAGAACACUUAACAGAACUGGAAAAAAAUCAGGAAGAGGUUAAAAAUGUAUUUUUGAUUUAUUUUUGUUCGGAUAUCACAUCUGCUUUUGCUCACAUUACACAUUUAAUUCCCAACUUAAGUCAUUUUUUAAAAACAACAACCCCUUGGCUUGACUUCUUCAAAUAGAAACUAGAGACAGGUUUCAUGUGUUGUUAUAAUGGAUGUAUGACAAUGGAUGGAGCGGUGCCAAAUAGUGUGAGCAGGACAAUCGGACAGUGCAAAAGCCGACCUUCGAGUGUGUCUCGGGUCUAAAACCAAUUUCCUUCUCUGCCUGGUUCUGUUCUUUAGUUGAUGCCACCAUGUUUGUCUGAAACAGUUCCUGUCUGUCAGUGUUAAUAAAUAAAAAUGAAAUAUGUCGAACAAAAAA